CAUUUCGAUCGAACGGCUCGUCGCCGGCGUCGACGAGCUCGCCGAUGGAUUGUGCUUUGACACAUGCGAUUGCAUGAGGGUCCGAUCUUACGAUCUCGUACGAGAUUGGGGAGCCUUUUUGGGGAUCGCCAAUUCAUCGCCAUACACCUUCUUCAUUGCCAUCGUGACCACAACCGCCUGCUUCGUUGCUUUCCGACUCCCGCGGCCCUCCUCCUACCUCUUCUGUUAGGGUUAGGGUAAUCGAUCGGUCUCAGGGUUUGAUUCGAUCGCCUUCGGUUCCUUCCCUAGAGGGUGAUUUGGGCACAGGCUCCCGAUUCGUUGCGGGGAAAGGGGCGGGGGAUCUUGAUCGCCGAGGAGGAUGGCGAUGCACGAGAGGAAGACGAUCGAUUUGGAGCAGGGAUGGGAGUUCAUGCAGAAGGGCAUCACUAAACUGAAGAACAUCUUGGAGGGGCUUCCGGAGUCGCAGUUCAGCUCGGAGGAUUACAUGAUGCUCUACACGACUAUCUACAACAUGUGCACCCAGAAACCCCCUCACGAUUACUCGCAGCAGCUAUAUGACAAGUACAGGGAGUCGUUUGAGGAAUACAUCACGUCCAUGGUAUUGCCAUCUUUGAGAGAGAAGCAUGAUGAAUAUAUGUUGAGAGAGCUAGUCAAAAGAUGGUUAAAUCAUAAAGUUAUGGUCAGAUGGCUUUCCCGGUUUUUUCAUUAUCUUGACCGAUAUUUUGUCGCACGGAGGUCACUUCCACCACUGAAUGAAGUUGGGCUUACCUGCUUCCGUGAUCUGGUUUAUCAGGAGAUUAAAGGAAAAGUUAAAGAUGCUGUCAUUUCUUUGAUUGACCAAGAGCGAGAGGGGGAACAAAUUGAUAGAGCUUUAUUGAAGAAUGUCUUGGACAUUUUUGUUGAGAUUGGGCUAGGUAACAUGGAGUGUUACGAAAAUGACUUCGAAGCAGAUCUGCUUAAAGAUACUGCAGCAUAUUAUUCUAGGAAAGCUUCAAAUUGGAUUUUAGAAGAUUCAUGUCCAGAUUACAUGUUAAAGGCUGAGGAGUGCUUAAAGCGGGAAAAGGAUAGGGUUGCUCAUUACUUGCAUUCAAGCAGUGAACAGAAGUUGUUGGAGAAAGUGCAACAUGAGUUGCUAUUUGCAUAUGCAAGCCAACUUCUGGAAAAGGAACAUUCUGGGUGCCAUGCCUUACUUCGAGAUGACAAGGUGGAUGACCUCUCGCGUAUGUAUAGGCUCUUUUGCAGAAUACCUCGUGGCCUAGAUCCUGUUUCUCAAAUAUUUAAGCAGCAUGUGACUUCUGAGGGUACAGCCUUGGUUAAACAAGCAGAGGAUGCUGCAAGUAACAAGAAGGCAGAAAAAAGGGAUGUGGUUGGUCUGCAAGAACAGGUUUUUGUUAGAAAAGUUAUUGAGCUGCAUGACAAGUACUUGGCAUAUGUGAAUGACUGCUUUCAGAAUCACUCCCUUUUCCAUAAGGCACUGAAAGAGGCAUUUGAGGUUUUCUGCAACAAGGGUGUUGCAGGCAGUUCAAGUGCUGAGUUGCUGGCUACCUUUUGUGAUAAUAUUCUUAAGAAGGGCGGAAGUGAAAAACUCAGUGACGAAGCAAUUGAGGAGACACUUGAGAAAGUUGUAAAGUUGCUUGCUUAUAUCAGUGACAAAGAUCUGUUUGCCGAGUUUUAUAGGAAGAAGCUUGCUCGGAGGUUGCUGUUUGACAAAAGUGCUAAUGAUGACCAUGAGAGGAGUAUUUUGACAAAGCUAAAGCAGCAAUGCGGAGGACAGUUUACCUCAAAGAUGGAGGGCAUGGUGACUGAUCUAACUCUUGCCAGAGAGAACCAAUCUAAUUUUGAGGACUAUCUGAACAGUAACCCUCAUGCAAAUCCGGGGAUGGAUCUAACUGUAACUGUUCUGACAACUGGUUUCUGGCCAAGUUACAAAUCAUUUGAUCUCAACCUUCCUGCUGAAAUGGUUAAAUGUGUAGAAGUGUUCAGAGAGUUUUAUCAGACAAAAACCAAACAUAGAAAGCUUACAUGGAUUUAUUCUUUGGGGACAUGUAACAUCAAUGGAAAGUUUGAACCCAAGACAAUGGAGCUUAUUGUGACGACUUAUCAGGCUGCGACUCUGCUUCUAUUCAAUGCAUCAGAUAGAUUGAGUUAUUCAGAGAUUGUCACUCAGCUUAAUUUGACUGACGAUGAUGUAGUCAGAUUGCUCCAUUCCCUUUCUUGUGCCAAAUAUAAGAUUCUUAAUAAAGAGCCAAAUACAAAAUCCAUUUCUCCAAAUGACGUCUUUGAGUUCAAUUCCAAAUUCAGUGACAAAAUGAGAAGGAUCAAGAUACCUCUCCCCCCAGUGGAUGAGAAGAAGAAGGUAAUAGAAGAUGUUGACCAGGAUCGAAGAUAUGCUAUUGAUGCCUCCAUUGUGCGUAUUAUGAAAAGUCGUAAAGUUUUGGGCUAUCAACAACUGGUGAUGGAAUGUGUUGAACAACUUGGUCGCAUGUUCAAGCCUGAUUUCAAAGCCAUUAAGAAACGAAUGGAAGAUCUGAUCACCAGAGAUUAUUUAGAGCGUGAUAAGGACAACCCAAAUCUUUUCAGAUACUUGGCCUGAUUGAUUAGAUCUCUGGAGAAUCGUACAUGCUGUUCAUCAUUCAGGCUCCCAUCUGCAUCAACUGCUGAGGUAGUGAGCCUGUUGAAAUCUGUUGCCACAUAGGCUGGAGAUUGAUGACAAAUUUUUGAGACUAUGGGAGCAUCUUUUUUGUAUGUUCUUGAAACCAGAGCUGAAGUGCUUCAUCAAUUUCCACACCAAAGGAGAACACUUGGUAAGAAAUUUUCUGCUGGAGUUGUGUGGGUAACGGGAUUUGAUAUUGAAGUCACAUCAUCCCCGAUCUUACCUUUAAAUAUUUUUUUCUUUUUUAUUGUAGCAUUACUUGAUUUCAUCUGGUAUUGUGUGGUGUAUUUUCUUUAUCCUAAAUGCUGCGAGCAACUGCCAAGUAAACAAGACCAUGUCUUCAAAAUUAAUAAUGAUGUCUAAGACUCCCUCUUUAGUUGCCUAA